GCAGCGUGUGGACUGCUCUGAUCAGCUGCUAGGAAGACCAAUUGUUCGGAUUCUGGGGGCAUGUAAGCUUGUCCCUGUCCCCCUCCUCCUCUAAAUCCCUGGAGUGGCAAUUAGUGUGUCCUGCAGCACCAUCACACACUGAGUGAUUUCCAUUGUCUGUAACAGGUUCGGGCUGUGGCUCUUUCCAGCUGUCCAGGACUGCGCUGUUGGUGCUUCUUUUUGAUCCUUGCUGGGGAUUAAGUCAGUGUUUGUGGGUGUCCUGCACUUAUUGGGCAGUUCUUUCUGUUCCUCCUCUCUGCUGGGUCUGCUUGCUCAGGAAUGAUGCGAGCUGUGAGAUAUCCAACUUGCUGGCUCAUCUGCUGGCUCUGUGUGUGAUGUUCAGAGCAAGGCAUCUUCACAAGAACACUAGAGCUUUCCAAAUGCAGACAGGGAUGUUAUGGACUAAGAGUACUGCCACCAGCAUGGAGUUAAUUCUGGGUAUCAUCUGUAUUAUAUUCUGUCUCAAACCAGUUACAGGGUUUGGUGUGGACCCUUCCCUGCAGAUAGACAUCCUAGAGGAGUUACAGCUGGGGGCAGAAACCGCUGGCGUGUUGCAGGUUCAAGGACUCCAUAACAGAAGCAGAGCUUUCCUAUUUCAAGAUACAUCUAGAAAUCUAAAAUCAUCAACUGUAACAGCAGAAAAAGUUUAUCAGAAGUUGAGAAACAGACAUGAAUUUACUAUUUUGGUGACAGUGAAACAAUCUGCUUUAAAUUCUGGUGUAAUUCUUUCUAUUCAUCACUCCGACCACAGAUAUCUUGAGCUUGAGAGCAGUGGGCAUCGAAAUGAAAUCCGAUUACAUUAUCGUACAGGAAGUCAUCGAUCACAAACAGAAGUUUUCCCUUAUAUUUUGGCGGAUGAUAAAUGGCAUAGAUUUUCCCUAGCAAUCAGUGCAUCCCAUUUGGUUUUACAUAUAGACUGCAACAAAAUUUAUGAAAGAAUUGUGGAAAAAACAUACAUGGAUAUACCCUCUGGUACAACGCUAUGGGUUGGACAAAGGAAUAAUGCGCAUGGUUAUUUUAAGGGUAUCAUGCAAGAUUUGCAAAUAGUGAUUAUGCCUCAAGGUUUUAUAACUCAGUGUCCUGACCUGAAUCGCACUUGUCCAACUUGUAAUGACUUCCAUGGGCUUGUACAGAAAAUUAUGGAAUUGCAAGACAUUUUAGCCAAAACAUCAGCAAAGCUGUCAAGAGCUGAACAGAGAAUGAACAGAUUGGAUCAGUGCUAUUGUGAGCGAUCUUGUACUGUUAAAGGUAACAUCUACAGAGAACUGGAAUCCUGGACAGAUGGCUGCAAGAAAUGCAUAUGCAUGAAUGGAACCGUGCAAUGUGAAACACUUGUUUGCCCAGAACCCAUCUGUCUGGACAAUGCUGCACCUGCAUAUGUCCCGGGGAAAUGUUGCAAAGAAUGUCAGGCUAUGUGUAUAUAUCAAGGCUUAACAUAUUUCGAAGGGGAAAUGGAAGCCGUCUACUCCUCCAGUACAGGAAUGUGUGCUUUGUUACAAUGCAAGGCUAAUAAAAUGCAACGUAUCCAGUCUCCUGAAUGCUUACCUCUAAACUGUCCACAGUCAAACCAAAUCUCACUGAAGAACAGCUGUUGCAAAAUUUGUAAAGGUUAUGAUUUCUGUUCAGAAGGACAUAACUGCAUAGAAUAUUCUGUCUGUAAAAACCUGGAUGAUAAAGCAGUGUGCAUGUGUCGUGAUGGUUUCCGGGCCCUUCGAGAUGAUAAUGCUUAUUGUGAAGAUAUUGAUGAGUGCGCUGAAGGACGCCAUUACUGCCGGGAAAACACUGUGUGCGUGAACACUCCGGGGUCUUUCAUGUGCAUCUGCCAAACAGGCUAUUUGAAAAUUGAUGAUUACUCUUGCACAGAACACAAUGAAUGUGCAACAAACCAGCAUAGCUGUGAUGAAAAUGCACUGUGCUUUAACACAGUAGGAGGACACAACUGUGUUUGUCAGCCUGGGUAUAUAGGAAAUGGCACAGUAUGCAAAGCAUUUUGCAAGGAUGGCUGUAGAAAUGGCGGUACCUGUAUAGCUCCCAAUGCAUGUGCAUGCCCUCAAGGAUUUACUGGGCACAGCUGUGAGACAGACAUUGAUGAAUGUGCUGAAGGUUUUGUUCAAUGUGACAGCCGUGCUAACUGCAUUAACCUACCCGGCUGGUACCACUGUGAAUGUAGAGAUGGCUACCAUGACAAUGGGAUGUUCUCCCUGGGUGGAGAGUCAUGUGAAGAUAUUGAUGAAUGUGCUACUGGAAGGCACAGCUGCAGCAAUGAUACUGUGUGCUUUAAUUUGGACGGUGGGUUUGACUGUCGUUGUCCACAUGGCAAAAAUUGCUCUGGAGAUUGUGUACAUGAAGGAAAGAUUAAGCACAAUGGGCAGAUUUGGGUAUUGGAGAAUGACCGGUGCUCUGUUUGCUCAUGUCAGACUGGGCUAGUAAUGUGCCGGAGGAUGGUGUGUGACUGUGAGAAUCCUACUGUAGAUCUCUUUUGUUGUCCUGAAUGUGAUCCGAGACUCAGCAGCCAAUGCUUGCAUCAGAGCGGCGAGUUUACCUAUAAAAGUGGCGAUACAUGGGUGCAGAACUGUCAGCAGUGCAGAUGUUUGCAAGGAGAAAUAGAUUGCUGGCCCCUGCCAUGUCCAGAAGUCGACUGCGAAUUUAGUGUGGUCCCAGAAAGCGAGUGCUGUCCACGUUGCAUUAAUGACCCCUGUCAAGCGGAUAUUAUAAGGAAUGACAUCACAAAGACUUGUGUGGAUGAGACAAAUGUGGUUCGCUUUACUGGCUCCACUUGGAUUAAGCACGGCACAGAAUGCACUCUCUGUCAAUGCAAGUUAUUGAUGUAUUCAAUGCCUAGAGCAGUGGAGCUACUUCUUGUUUCUAUGAAGCAAUUUAAAGUUUGA